AUGGCAGCUGGAAGACCAGAACUGAGACUGAUUGAACAAUCUUUUUCUAACCUCACCAAUAUUGAACGUGGAAAGGUAAAAACCAUCACAGUUCGGAGAUAUUCUUAACACCUGCAAGCUCCAAGGGAUCGAAAUCCCCAACUUACUAAACCAAUUGCAAAGGCUCGACGGACGACAAAACGAGACCGAAAACACAUGGGACGAAGACUUCUGGGAGUGCAAAUGACAGAUCAACACUGCUCUCGGUGAUUUUUAUACAGUGAGUGGGCGACAAUUAGCCCGAUGGGGUUGUGCUGCAGCUGCACUGGACGGAAAACUCUACAUGUUUGGAGGCCGUGGGACUGACUCCCGCACACGUAACUCAUGCCACGUCCUAGACCUCGCCACAAACCAUUUUAGCGCCCUCAAAACCAGCAAUAUCCCCGCCUCCAGAGAAGGUCACUCUAUGGUCGCUUAUAAGCAUUAUCUCGUUGUCUUUGGAGGCUGUGAGGGCGGCGAGGACAAAACAGACCCUUUUGAUGACGUCUGACUUUUAGACGUCCAAACCAAAAAUUGGCGCUGUCCACCCGUUUUGGGCAAAAAGCCAGAAUUUCGGGACGGACAUGCGGCAGGGGUCAUAAAAUCAGAUAUGAUUGUAUAUGGAGGAAAUGGGAUAAACACGCUUUAUGGGGACAUGUACAUGCUGAGCCUGAAGAAUUUUGAGUGGAAACUGCUGGAACAAGAAGGAGAUAUCCCAGGGCCAAGGGAAAGUAUGGGGUUUUGCACUGCGAGGGAUCGGUUAUAUGUGUUUGGCGGCAAUGUGAGUGAGCCGACGAGGGAUGAAGACGAGUAUACCAAUGACCUGUAUGAAAUUGAGGUCAGAGGAACAACAGCCCAUAUAAAACACUUAAUUGCAGAGUCACAAGCCCCACCGAAAAGGCUGUCACAUUCUAUGACGAACUUGAAUAAUGACUUUCUCAUUGUAUAUGGAGGGGAAAGUUUUGGACAGGCUAUGAGCGAUAUUUGGGUUUAUAGCAUUGAUAAUAAUAUAUGAAGAGAACUACAGCCUAAAAACAGCAUUACAGGAAGAUCUACACAUGCCGCGUGCACUUUCAAAAAUUCCUUUAUUGUGUUUGGCGGCAUGGGCAAUGAAAAACUUGCAAAGAGUGAUCUUGUUAUCCUGACCUUUGGAGAAGGCAAAAUUGAUAUGAAUAACGUCAGUGGUAUAAAUCCAAAGCGAAAAUAUACAAAAUUAUUGACAGUUUCUGGGAAACCUAACCCAGCUCCAGUCUCAUCAGCCCAAAACAAUUUUAACUCCUCGUCUCCCAACUUAAUGUGUAACAGUUGUGGCCAUUCGUCUUCCACAUGUUUAUUUCUUGAAAGAUUUCCUGAGCUGUCUUACCCAAGAUUUCAUUAUUUUUCUAAAGCACAAAUUCCUUCACAAGUUAUUGAAAAUUUAGCUAAUGAGUUUCAUGAUCCUUUUAGUGCGAUAUUAAGGAUAGCGCAGAUCAUCGGUAAUGAAAAGGUAAAUAUUAGAUCAACUGGCUAUGUUUCUAUGAGAGGCAAAGAAUGUGUUAAAAUCAUAACAGAAGAAGAUAGCAGCGACAUACCUGAAAAUGUUGAAGAUAAUGCAAGUGACAGCAAACAAAGCUCUCAUAACUCCUUUGGAGGAGAUUCAGAAAAAAAAGUGAUGAUUUUAGAAAUUUCAUGCACCAAGUGCUUGCUAACACCAUACGCUGUAGGCCAUUUUUGUGCUGGAACAAGUACAGAAAAUCUAUUGGGUUCGAUGUUUAAGCUUUCUCCAAUCGCAAUUAUCGUGUCAAAAAAUGAAGAGUUCUUGACUGUAACUCUAAUUCAAAAAAAUCAGGACUAUACACCAUGUUUUUUUGUGAUUUUUGAUAGUAGUAAUCAGCCAAUUUUUCCUGUUAAAGAGCUAGUGCAGCCAAAUUUUUCAAAUGUGUUGAAAAGAAGCCACUUGAACCCUGGCAUGCUUUAUUCGCAUGGCUUGGGGACUACAAUUUACUUGUACCCAGAAGAGCUCAGUGCUAAUGGUGAUUCAAUUUUGUAUAAAAAUAUUUCGCUUCAAGAUUUCCUUAGUUAUGCAUUCUAUAAGUCGCCAUUUCCAUAUGGCUUUAUGGUCAAUAAUCAGCCAGUAGAAGAGAAAAAUCUCAAAGAAGCAGAAACUGUUGAGCUCCUCAAGACCUCUGAGUACCGUAUAACUAAAAAAUCUGAUAUAACGAAAUUUGGCUUGCUUAUAUAUAGGAACAGCAGACUUGUAUACUGGGAGUUGCAUGAACAUGUUGGCAGGAGACACCGUGAAACUCAUGCAAUAGUUGUAAAACUCUUAGAUGACAACAUUAUUUCGCCAAUGACUUAUAUGCUAAAAUGGGGUAAAGCAGCUAUCAAUUUGUUUGCUGAUCUGAGUCAAAAUUCGCUGAAAAAGCCCAAGCAUUCUGAAGACUAA